GCCAUCGCCACAGCGCUACUGCCCAUGGCCUCCACGAGCGACCUCACGGCCGUGAGCCAGCUCAUCNNGCCCUGCUGCCCUUCGUCCAGCAGACCCCUUCGCCAGCCCCGAGAACCUCACUGCAGAGCACCAUCGACGCUACCUGGCGCAGCUCGCGGCCCUCAGCACCGGAGGCGCCAGCAACUGAUCAACGCCCAGGCCUGGCCGGGCAGAUCAUCUGGGACCACCCUUCGCAACCUGCACGCCUCGGCACGCUGUCCCUGAGCAGCGACACCUACAGCAAGGCGGAGACGGACGCCCUGCUGCUCCCGAAGGCCAGCGAGAGCUGGGUCCUCGCCACGCUCGGCGGGUACUACACGACCCAGGAAGCCGACGAUGCCAUAGCGGCCGCUCUGACGAAUCACCUCACGAGGGCGGAGGCCACAGCGAACUUCGUCGCCUUCCUGGGGCAGGCCAACACCUACACGGACGACCAGCUCUUGGACUACAGCACCACGGCGGAGAUGAACCAGGCCAUUGCGGAUGCCCUGGUGCCGCUGACGUUGAGCAACGGCCAAAACUGGAACAGCGGGCCCACCUUCAAUUUGCUCCGGGGCACCAACGUGCUGCGGAACUUGUCCGUGGCGGGGGCCCUCACCGCCACUUUCCAGAAUCUGGACGACACCAUCCUGAUAGAGUCGGACAGCUACGCCCGCAGCGAGACCUACACUCAGGCGGAGACGGGAGUGCUGGCCCUGAUCGCCGGGGAGCUCGGGCCCUACUGGGACCAGACGGAGGUGGCCAGCUAUGUGGCCGGGGAGCUCUCGAACUACCAAACCAACAGCCAAGUGAGCUCGGCCAUCUCUUCGGCCUUGUCGAGCUACGACAACAGCAGCCAGGUCGAUUCGAAGAUCGUCACGGCCCUGUUGGAUUUCUACACGAGGGCCGAGACGGACCAGGCCAUUGCCGACGCCGCGUCGAGCGGCGUGGAUCUGUCGAAUUACUACACCUCCGCGGAGACACAGAGCUAU